CAAUAAACGUAUAAAAGUGCCGACGUCUUGCUAGCAAUUGAUCUCCGCGUUCGAAAACUCUACGGUGCCCUGUGGCCGGCCAGUGAAGUGCGACGCGUGUGUGUGUCCCAGCCAAUAAAAAGUGACGAUUGUUUACCCAUCCCGCGCGCAGCUUACCUCGGAUCCGAAAGACCAGCGAUCGGCGAACAGCAAUUAAAGCAAUUACAACAAUUAUAAACAACAAUAACACAAUGAGCAAUACAAAAUGUUUGGACUUGAAAAACACACUUAAUUGUGCCUGAACCAAUCCAAUAAGCACAUAUUCGACAUACAUAUAGAAGACAUAUUCAAACAGGCCUUAAAACACGAUUAAUGCCUGCAAAAACAGCCGCAUCAGCGAAUUCGUACAUUCAAAAACAGGUGUGUCUGCAGCUUGUUUUGCCUGGAUCUGUUAAUUGACUUCUUGGAGUGCUUUCCCAAGAGCCAUCCUCGCUGACCGUCGCUGGCAUCUCGGCCAGUUGAUACAGAUGUUGGGCAAAUUCACCUCGAACCAUGUGCAGGUCUACCAUCAAUAUUCCCGCACAGUGUCCGUAAAGAAGCCCGUGAAGCAUCAGCCGCGCAGUUGGAUCGAGACAAAUUUUCAGAAGCGCGAGUGCAUCAAGUUCAUACCAUGCCCAAAGGACGACACAAGGUGCUGCUGCGGCCAGGCCCAAAUCACGCAUCAGACCAUACAGGGCAUCGAGAGCGGCUCGCCGGGGGACCUCUGGCUGCCGACGAAGCACACCCGACCACAGCCCACGGACGCCUAUGGAACCAUUGAGUUCCAAGGCGGUGCCCAUCCCACAAAGGCUCAGUACGUUCGUUUGUCCUUCGACACGCGUCCAGAGCUGCUGGUGCAGCUGUUCACAAAGGAAUGGAACCUGGAACUGCCGAAACUUCUGAUCACCGUCCAAGGCGGCAAGGCCAACUUUGAUUUGCAGGCGAAGCUAAAGAAGGAGAUACGCAAAGGACUGCUGAAGGCGGCCAAGACCACGGGAGCGUGGAUAUUCACCGGCGGCACCAACACUGGGGUCACCAAGCAAGUGGGCGACGCCCUGCUCCUGGAGGGUCAGCAACGGACUGGGCGUGUGGUCAGCAUCGGCAUUGCCCCCUGGGGCAUAGUCGAGCGCAAUCAUGAGCUGCUUGGGCACAAUCGGGAGGUGCCCUGCCACAGCAUUAGUUCGCCCAGAUCGAAAUUGGCCGUGCUAAACAAUCGGCACGCCUACUUCCUGCUAGUCGACAAUGGGACCCAGGCGAAGUACGGGGCUGAAUUGAUUUUGCGGCGGAAGCUGGAGAAGUUCAUAUCGAACCUGAAGCUGCAUCCAUUCACACAUUCCAGUACGCCCGUCGUCUGCCUGGUGAUCGAAGGCGGUACCAACACCAUACGUGCGGUGCUCGAGUACGUGACGGACUCGCCUCCGGUGCCCGUAGUGGUGUGCGAUGGAUCCGGGCGUGCUGCCGACCUGCUCGCCUUCGUCCACAAAUAUGCCUCGGACGGAGAGGAGCAGCCUGUACUGGAGUCGAUGAGGGAUUAUCUAAUUGGAACCAUACAGAAAACCUUCGAGGUGGGCCUGGACCAGGCCGAGAAACUCUACCAGGAGCUGCUGCAGUGCACGCGCAACAAGAACCUGAUUACCGUCUUUCGCAUACAGGAAAAGCCCGAGGGCGAGGCGCAGGAGCUGGAUCAGACCAUUCUAACGGCCCUCUUCAAGUCGCAGCAUCUCAGCCCUCCAGAGCAAUUGAGUUUGGCACUGACAUGGAACCGGGUGGACAUAGCACGCAGCGAGAUAUUUGUCUACGGCCAGGAAUGGCCCCACGGCGCCCUGGAUGAAGCCAUGAUGCAGGCCCUGGAACACGAUAGAAUCGAUUUUGUCAAAUUACUUUUGGAGAACGGCGUUUCAAUGAAGAAAUUUUUAACAAUACCGCGCCUCGAGGAGCUCUACAACACAAAGCACGGCCCGGCCAACACACUGGGGUACAUUCUGCGCGAUGUGAGGCCGCACAUACCCAAGGGCUACAUUUACACUCUCCACGACAUUGGCCUGGUGAUCAAUAAACUGAUGGGCGGCGCCUACCGGUCCUAUUACACGCGUCGCAAGUUCCGUCCCAUCUACGCCAAGGUCAUGAACAGCUAUGCCAACGCCUGCCGGAAGUCCUCGACAUAUCAAUACCAAAGGUAUGCGGGAGCCAAUUCACUAAGUCUGGUGACGGGACUGCUGCCGUUUACCUCGGAGAUGGCGCUGUUUGAGUUCCCGUUCAACGAGCUGCUGAUUUGGGCCGUUCUGACCAAGCGGCAGCAAAUGGCUCUGCUUAUGUGGACGCACGGCGAGGAGGCACUAGCCAAAUCACUGGUUUCCUGCAAACUUUACAAGGCCAUGGCGCAUGAGGCGGCCGAGGACGACUUGGACACAGAGAUCUACGAGGAGCUGCGCUCCUAUGCCAAGGAGUUCGAGAGCAAAGGCAACAAGCUCCUGGACUUCAGCUACCGCCAGGACGCGGAGAAGGCGCAACGUUUGCUCACCUGCGAGCUGCAUUCGUGGUCCAACCAGAGCUGCCUGUCACUGGCCGUGGCGGCGAAUCACCGGGCUCUGCUUGCCCACCCCUGUAGUCAGGUCAUCCUGGCCGAUCUCUGGAUGGGCGGCCUACGCACCCGCAAGAAUACCAACUUCAAGGUCAUCUUGGGUUUGGUGAUGCCUUUGUACAUCAGGCAGCUGGACUUUAAGUCGAAGGAAGAGCUCCAGCAAAUGCCGCAAACCGAGGAGGAGCACUUGGAGAACCAAAACUUGGACAAUGACGAUUCGGAUCGCUCCCAGCCCGAUGCCGAGAGCGCCCUUUUAAAAGCCAAAAGAUCCAUUUCCUUGAGAUAUAGGAUGGGCGCGAACACUUAUAAUCGCGAAAAGGCUCUAUUGGCGGAUACUUAUUCAGUACGCGAUACAAAAGUACACGAAAAUGGCAAAGUCAAUCUCACUGCUGGAGCGGAAGAACCACCCUCCAAUGUCUCGCUCACUGACUCAGAUCCCGCGCAGUUCCGGGAGUUCUUCAACUUGUCGGAGUACAACGAAAUCAAGCAGCACCAGCCCCUGCGCCUGAAGAAAAAGUUUCACGAGUUUUACACAGCCCCCAUUACCAAAUUCUGGGCUGAUUCGAUUGCCUACAUGUUCUUUCUGAUAAUGUUCUCGUUCACGGUUUUGGUCAAGAUGGGACCGGUGCCGCGGUGGCAGGAGUGGUAUUCGAUAGCUUACAUCACGACUCUGGGAUUCGAGAAGGUUCGCGAAAUCAUAUCCUCGGAGCCAGUGGCCAUUACGCAUAAAUUUUCUGUGUGGGCGUGGAACAUGUGGAACCCGUGCGACGGAGCUGCCAUUAUACUCUUCCUCAUUGGUCUGGCAUUCCGCUUCCGCCCCAACACAAUGGACAUCGGACGAGUCAUCUACUGCGUGGACAGCAUCUACUGGUAUCUGCGCAUACUGAACAUCCUUGGCGUCAAUAAAUAUCUUGGUCCCCUGGUCACCAUGAUGGGCAAAAUGGUCAAGAACAUGAUAUACUUCGUCGUCCUGUUGGCUGUCGUCCUGAUGAGCUUCGGCGUCAGCCGUCAGGCCAUACUGUACCCCAACAGCGAGCCAACUUGGCGGCUGAUCAGAGAGGUCACCUACCAACCCUACUUCAUGCUGUACGGCGAGGUGUUUGCCGACGACAUUGACCCUCCCUGCGGCGAGGAUCCGCGUCAGCCGGCCUGCGUGACGGGCCAUUGGGUGACACCGAUAACGAUGUCCAUGUAUCUGUUGAUUGCCAAUAUUCUGUUGAUAAAUCUGCUCAUCGCCGUGUUCAACAAUAUCUUCAACGAGGUGAACUCGGUGUCACAUCAGGUUUGGAUGUUCCAGCGAUUCACGGUGGUGAUGGAGUACCAGCAGAAGCCCGUCCUGCCGCCGCCUUUCAUUGCCUUUUGCCAUUUCUAUUCCCUGCUAAAGUACUGUGUGCGCAAAGCGAAAGGAUUGGAGGUGCAGCGGGACAAUGGUCUCAAACUGUUCCUGGAGAAGGAUGACUUGGAACGACUGUACGACUUUGAGGAGGAAUGCGUGGAGGGUUUUUUCCACGAACAGGAAAUAAUAUUGAAUCAGUCCACCGACGAGCGGGUGAAGAACACAACGGACCGGGUCGAGACCAUGUCCCAGAAAAUCGAGGACAUCAAUCAAAAGGAGAACAUACAAACAGCUACGGUGCAGAACAUUGAAUUUCGUUUGCGGAAGAUGGAGGAGUCGUCCGAACAGAUACUGUCGCACCUGGCGGUCAUACAUCGCUUCAUGUCUACACACACGGUAGGUACGGAUGACAUGCGCGGCUCCGCGAUAAACAUUCCAGCUGAAAUCCAUCGCAUUCGCACCAUUUCAAUGUCGGAUACCGAUGGCGGCGGUGGAAGCUCAGGAAAUGGAGGGGGCGGGGGUGGAGGCGCUGCAGUGCCGCUUGUUCUAGGUGCCGGCCUGAAUGUCAAUUCCUUGCAGGUGACCAACCGACGCCGCUUCAAUCGCUCUCUAACGGAGGUGCGUCCAGACGCCUACAUCCUCGACGAAGGCACCCACUUUGAGGUGGUGCCCUUGCCGGAGGAGCCGGAUGAAGUGGUCAAGUCGCGGGAGGCCCUCAACGAGCAGGUCGUGCGGAAGGCAUCGAUGCAGUCGGAGGCAGACUCGGAUAUCUAUCUGCCGUUAUCGCAGCGUCCCUCUACCUGUGAGACGGUGAAGCGCACUCCAUAUGUUACUGUGCGCCAGGACACGGGGGCCAGCACGGAGAGUAAGGACACCUUGACACCUCUAGGCACCAACGAUGACGACCAGACGCUCGUCGGGGGCGACAACUCCGAUGAUGCGGCACCGGACAUCAACUUUGAGGCUGCCAGGCAUCGAGCGCUGCGCCAGCGCACAGUCUCGCUCUGCCGCCGCAACUCGGAAACCUAUUCGCUGGCCGGCGCGGACAUAAAUCGAUCGCACAUUAGCCUUAACCAGCUGACAAUGCUGUCGCGUCGCCAGAUGAGCCUGACUCAGUCCGAGCCUGACAGUGACAAGGACGCGCCGCCAGCGGCUGCAGGCAGCACACAUCCGGGUAAAUCAGUAUUGCAUGCGAAACCCUCAAGAAAUAUCUUGCUGAAACUGCACAGCGAGUACACGUCGAUCACUGAUGAGCUGGAGAGCGUCUGCCACAUGAUUGCCUCGCCAACGGUCUCCCUGCAGAGUAACAAAGCUUCAUUGGAUCGCCCCAAGACGGAAAUGUCGCGCGCAGAAGCCGCGGCAUUACAAGAGAAGAAGCAUUUGAAGGAGUGUGAGGAGAACGAUUACAGAAUACUAGAGGGCCUGUUCGAGGCACGUGGAUCCAUCGAUGCCAGCGCCGAGGCCUUUGAGAGCGUCAUAUCCGUGGACUACAGCCAUCGCUAUCCACUACGUCGAGAGACUGCCGUGGAGCUGUCGCCUUCGAAGCCCUCAGCUGAGGUUGAUCUCAUGGGGGGCGGCGGAGGAGGCGGAGACAGCAGCGAUACAAGUGGAGCUGGUAGCUGCAGUGCCAUGGGGGCAGUCUCAAGUGGGUUUCAGCUCAAAAACGAGCGCCCCUGGCAGCGCAACUCCUCAAUGGAGCAGCAGGCAUAUCCGUCACCUCUGGUUCCCUCGAGAGCCACAAGCGACUUCCUCAAUCCACCCUUCGAAAGCAGCGGACGCCUGUUUAAGAAAUCGAGCGAAAGUCUGCAGAAGAACUCCAGUACUGAAACAGACUAUUCUGCCCAUCCGUAUCGCUUCAUCAAGCAGAGUUCCAACGAGACGAACACCUCGCUCACCGGCUCCUAUAACGUGGACACGCCCUCACUUACUGCGGAGCCCUCUUUGGAUGCCUGCGACUCGCAUUCGGCGACGGGAAUUUCCAUAAGCGUUGGUGCUGCUGGCGGAACUGCCGCUCGUUACCAGCCCAUUCGCACGACUUCCAUUGGCGCGGCCGAUGGAAGGCAGCUACGCGACGAGAGCUCUAGUUCGCUGCAGAGUCCAGAGCUCGGAGUCCAAUGCUCGGCGCCAGUGACGAUGCAGGCACCGCCAGCUGUACCAACACGCCCGAUGCUGCUGAAGAAACAGUUUAGCCUCGACAAGGGCAAGCCACAGCAAGCGCAAAUUACUGCAGAGGCUAUGGCCACACCAGAAUCGGGCAUAGAUGCAGCAACUGUUGCCCAGGCCAGGGUCAAACUGAUUUCCUCGCUAAAGCCUCAGUCUCAUACGAGCAAGCUGGGAAUGAACGUACUCAAGGAAAGCAGCUCCAGCACAGAGGGGUCCCGCGAGGGCGAAGGCCUGUCCACUACGUCCUCGGCGAAAAACAGCAACCCGGCUCUCUCCAUACCGCAGAUUAGCACGCAUCUGGUGCAAGAUGAGAUCGCCAAGCUGUCAUCCAACAUAAAAAGCAGCACUGAAUCUGAAAAGGACCCGCCGUAUAACGAGACAAUGUGUUAGAAAAAUUGAAGGU